UUUCAACAGCAUAGAACAAUACCUAAUAAUAAGCCCUCUAGUUUAACUACAUUACUUUCAUCUGAACUAAACCAAUAUCUCGCAUUGCCUGAAAAUAAAAAAGAGACAAAUUCUCUUUUAUGGUGGCAGUUACAAGUUAAUAAAUAUCCAGUUUUAAGCAAGAUAGCUCUUGACUAUCUCUCGAUUCAAGCAAUUUCUGUUGUAUCAGAAUGGGUAUUCUCUAUUGCUAGUAACACAAUUACUAAAACGCGAAAUUGGUUGUCACCAGAAACUGCGAAAGUGACACUCUGUAUGAAAAGCUAG